UGACAACUUCUGGGACCAUGCGAGGCGUAUGGGCUGGACCGUGGCCCAGGCGAUUGAGAGACUGAGGGGAGCAGGCAGAUUCGAGGAGCCCGUCGCGCGGAUCCGUAGAGAGGCGACGACGAGAUCAGAGGUGGAGUGGAGGAUGCAGGAGCUGCGACCCUCACCUGUGGGACUUGAUGGCAGGCCGAUCCGCCUGGAGAUUGGAAAUACGUCGGAUUUCAUCCCCGCGUUUGAGUGGUUCAUGCAGGGGCAGGGUAUACCGAGAGAUGAUUGGAUGCAGACGCUACCACUCUGGACCAGGAAGGCGGAAAGGCCACUGGCUAGCCAAGUCAGAAACAUGGCCCGAGACUGGGAGAGCUGUAGGGCACAUCUGAGAGAGGCCUUUCGACGGCCAGAGCCCCCUCAGCCCAGAGUUGAAAGGCGUCAGAGGAGUCAGAGGCAGAGGGACCCUGAGCCAAGGGAGGCGAGACCGUCUCGAGGAGGACGAAAGGCCCUAGCUAGGAGAGAGGAGAAGCCGGAGCCAGAGGCUGAGGGGCGAGGCGCGUACCCUGAGUGUGGGUUGGGACCAGUGGAGUUCCAUCGGUUUGCCGAGGGUGGAUUGAGGAGGUCGCCAGCACGCACACAGGAGGAGCCGCCAGCGUCUGAGGAGCCUUUGAGGGAGUUGGAGGCGCAUUUGGAUAUCUCUCAGUGGAGAGCGUCGCCUCGGGGUGAGGAGCAUGGAGAGCAGGCAGAGGAGGUGCUACAAGAGGAGGUGCCGCAGGAGGAGGUCCAGGACACUCAGCGAGAGAGACGGCUGGGCCAUGAGGAGAGACGUGCAGGGAAGGAAGUGAUAGAGGUUGGAGAGGACACGCCCCCUCAGACGCCAGCGGUGGGUUUGAGACUCGGGGAUGCACCGGGGAGCACUCGCCAGGUAGGGGAGAGGUUGCAGAGAGAGGAGGCCCCAUUACCUUCAUCAGAAAAGGUUUCUUCACUAGAAGAGAGAGCAGAAAGGAGGAGAGAGAGGGCAGCUGUAAGGAGAGAAGCCUUGACCCUGAUUGACAGACACCUAGCAGCUCAUGCCCUGGAGCACCCAGACCUGGAAGAGCCAACACCUGCAGAGCUGCACCAGGAGCCGUGCCAGCCCGAGAAGGAGAUGGAGGCAGAGAUCCCGAAGAGGGUUGACCUCCGCACGAGGGAAAGGGCGCCAGCUGGAGAGACAGCAGAGGAAAAGAGGGCGAGAAGAACCAGGAGGAUAGACGAGUUAUGGCAAGAGAGGCAGAGGUUGGAGGCAGCGGGGGAGCUUCCGGAGCAGCAGGAGGAGAGGCAGAGAUCGGAGGCAGCAGGAGCACUCCCAGGUCAGCCACCCAGCGCGCCAGCUAGGGCCCCGGAGAUCCCUGAGAUGUGGAGGGACUUCUGGGAGCAGAGAGGAGAGGAGCUUCCUUCGCCAGUCAGAGUCGAGCUUGGGGUGGCAAGGAAGGUGGAAGAAAGGUUGGAUCGCAAAAUCAAGUUCCUGGCCAAGGCAACUUUUGACCGGCACUUGCUAUUGGAGAGCGAUCUGGCAGGAAAGAAGAUAAAGGAAGCAGGCCAUGGGGUACGCCUGGAGGCUAUGGAGGUGGAAAUCCAAGAACUCGGGGCAUUGGUGGCCAGUCAGGCAGCUAUCAUCGAGAGCCUGAGGCAGCGAUCUCAGGGAGAGGUGGACAAGCCAGAGAGCAGCCGUCAGGGAGAGCAGAGGCAGCCAGGACAUGGUUUGCCAGGACAGCCAUCUGUAGCAGAGACUAGCCAGGAGCCACCUAUGAGGUGUCAUCCUGGAGCCAGAGGAGGCGAGAGCUCAGAGGGAGGCAGAGAGAGAGGCCUUCGAGUUCAGAGCCCCUACUGAGCUCGCGACACUACCUAUAGCAGCGGCGGGCCCAGUCAUACCUUUGGCAGUUGAGGAGGGGCUACCACCAUCCAGCAGUGAGCCAGCUCAGGGCUCGGCAAAGGGAUCUA